AUGGAUCAAGACUUUACAGACCAUGUUAUCACAUCUAUGGGGCCAAAAACGACCCCAAAGGCUCGUCGUAUACUCUCAUCAUUGAUUCAACAUAUUCACGAUUUCACCAGAGAAAACAAUAUUACGGUCGAUGAAUGGAUGUACGGAGUUGAACUCGUCAACAGUAUUGGUCAAAUUUCGGAUGCUAAAAGAAAUGAGGGUAUCUUGGUUUCUGACGUCAUUGGGCUUGAAGCUUUGGUUGAUACAUUGACUCACCGCUCGGACACUGUGGACCAUACUUCGUCAACAAUUAUCGGACCAUUUUACAGAGAAGACUCGCCAGAAUACCCUAAGGGUGGUUCAGUUAUUAAAAAAGACGUUGGGGGUGAAAAGACCGUUGUUAGUGGUCGCAUCACCGACACGGCCGGUAAUCCGUUAGCAGGUGUCAAGUUGGAAGUAUGGCACUGUGCACCAAACGGAUUAUACGAACAGCAAGACCCAGAUCAGCCAGAAUACAACUUGAGAGGUACUUUCUACUCUGAUGAGGACGGCUACUAUGCUUUUGUUUGUUUGAGACCUACAGCCUACCCUAUUCCUUACGAUGGACCUGCUGGAAAAUUAUUGCAAAUCAUGGACAGACACCCAAUGAGACCUGGCCAUAUCCAUUGGAGAGUCACCCAUCCAGAAUAUCACUCGUUGAUCACCCAAAUCUACGAUCGUGAAUGUAAGUACACCGCAGACGAUUCUGUCUUCGCAGUUAAGGACGAUAUAAUCGUCGAUUUCAUUCCUGCCAAAAAGGAAUUGAAAGAAAAAGGAAUCCAAAACGAAUUACAUUACGAUAUUACCUUGACCUUAGAGUCGAAGAUUCAAGAAAGCAGAAAAAGGAUACAUGAUGCCCAAUAUGCCCUUGAACAAAAAUUGAUGGAAAAGCAUUCGGCUGCACAAAAUGGUGUUCAAAAUGGUACAAGUGCUGCUGCUAGUUGA